AUGGCUGCCAGCGAGGUCAGCACGAUGAGGAGCGAAAGCGGGGCCGAGUGCUGGGCAAGCAGGCCUGGGAGGCGCCUCGACCUGGGAGUGGGAAGGAGAGUCCGUCAUUCGAGGCGGGAGGUGGCGCGCGAUAGCAGGGAUCGAGGCCGAGCGUCCGCUUCCGUUGAGAGCUCCUGCAGAUCUCUCAGGAGAAAACCUGCGCGCUCUUAUGCCUCGUCGCCGUCGCAUCGUGCCCGCGGACAUGCAGGCAGGAACGUGCGACUGAUGAGCGAUGGCAACAAUUCGCAGGGACGGCCAAAAGGAGGCAGAUCGCGCAUCAUCAGUGAUGGACAUGAAGUGGCGCCCAUGAUAGUUCCUGUCGAGACUCGGGCCACCCUCCCUCCUCCCUCCCUCCUUCCUCACGCCCUCCUCCUCCCUCCCGCCGCCGCCGCUGGCCUCCUCCUCCUCCCCCCACCCCCCGUCCUCGUCGUCCACAUUCUAUUUAUCACGACCCACGACGACGCGCCCCGCCUUUUCCUCUGUGAGUUUGCAUCCACUCCCCCGCGGGCUGACCCUGCCAGCCGCCGCCCACCGCACGCUGAUCACCGCUUCCCAGUUCCUGUCCGGCGCAUCACCCACUCUUCUUUCUUCCUGUGCAUUCUGCCUGUUAUAUUUACACCCUCUAUCGUCGCGCGAGGACCCAUUCGACGCCAGCAUCGGAACGACGUGUCACCACAAAACAUAUCCCAUCCUGUUCGUGUCCACCACACCCCUAUGAGCAUCGCACUCGGUUACAACACCGCAAUACCCACUGCCUCCAUGGACUACGCCUUCCCCUUCUCGCGGCACUCUAACACCGCCGGCGCGCCCCUUCCUCGCAUCCCCAAGCGUUCCUCCUCCUCGUCGCGCAUCCAUCAUGCAUCCAGCGCUUCCCUCCAUAGCAUCUUCACAGAGAGUCCAUCACGCAGCAGCACCUCCCCAUCAGCUACCUCUACGACUGCUACUACCACGACCUCGCCUGCGCUCGUCGUGCAGCCCCCAACCCCACCACGCUCUGAGGGCUCCCGCAUCGCCUCGGGCUCCGGCUCCUCGAGUUCGUCAGAUUCUCCCCUCGUCGUCGGUCGCCAUCGACGCACGCGUAGCGGGACCAACAUGCCCUCUGUGGCAUUGCGCCCACCAGAAGAGUCCACACCAGUCCCCUCCAAGUCCACAGCGUCGCGCGUCGCAUGGCCGCUGCAGCCGUCUGCAAUGUCAUUCGACGACGACGACGAGACACCCCGCCCAUCGAGUUCAAAGAUUAGCAAGCAUCGCCCCGAGACGACCACCAUUAGCACGAGUUCCAAUCACGCAACGCGUUCUGCGUCUGUGUCUAUACCCGCAUCCAUCACAUCGCAACUCGUGCGCAAGAAGUCUGGGGAGCCGCUCAAGUCGUCUUUGAAGUCGCGGCGGGCAAUCGCGAGAGGCGACCUGUCUGUCAUUACCGGUCCGGGAAUCUCGAGCAAGAGUGAGCCGAACACGCCGUCGCAUAUCAAGAGCGUGCACUUCGAUGCGAAGCUGGAACACGUGAAGUUGUUUUUGGCGGAGCAGAAACCGGCGGCGGUGUCGCGAGACGGCAGCCCGACGACAGAUACGAGCGGGACGGAGAACGAUUGGCCGGGAUGGAUAUACGGUGCGGAGAGCAGGGGGCGGGAGACGAAGAAGGGAGCUCUGGUCAUGGAGGUGAUGAACAUGCCGGAGCGGAAGGAGAAGAAGGAGAAGUUGACAGAGAAGACGGCAGACAAGACGGACGUCCUCCUAGAGGAGUUCGUGCUCUCUGCGGACGGCACCUCAGCGAACGGGCGCGUGCGCGUGCGGAACAUCGCGUUCGAGAAGUGGGUCGCGAUCCGGUUCACGUUCGACUGGUGGCAGACGACGAGCGAGGUGACGGCCAAGUACGUGCAGACGCUGCCCGGGGGCGUGUUCGACGUGUUCGCGUUCACCAUACGCCUAGGCGACAUGCUCGCGCGCAUCGAGGAGAAGACGCUCUUCCUCGCGGUGCGGUAUACCGCUGCGGGGAAGGAGAUCUGGGACAACAACGGCGGCGAGAACUACCGCGCACGGUUCGCGCGGAGGCUGCAGGAGAGCGCGCAGGAUAGGGAGAAGGAGCGGCGUGCGCAGGAGGGCAUCGCGGACCUCAAGACGAGGCUGGAGAAGGUCGCCAGUGCGGGCGUACGCGAGACGCUCGGCGGGUACCUCGCUCAGCGCAAGAGCUCGUCGCCGUCGCACUCGCCGUCGGGCUCGGACGUGGAAACGUUCAACCUGCGCUCGCACACGUCGCUCUCGAGCCGGUACGACUUCAGCGCGUCGCUGCGGAGCCCGUGGAAGCACAGCUCGCCGACGUCGCCGACGGCGGGGCACGCGCGGAACAGCACGUACCCGAACACGCUGCCGCACUUUCCCGCGCGCACGUUCCAGGCGAAGAGCAGCACGGCGUUUGUGACGCGCGGCUCGCCGAGGAUGCUCGAUCCGGACGACUUGGUCGUCGACACCGCUGCGUUCUACGCGAACUCGGACUCGGAGGACACGCCUGCGAGCACGCCGGUGGUGUUUUCGCGCCAGAGGGGGCGGAACCACCAGCGCGGGUACUUUGAUUUGCACGUGGGGUUCGCGGGCGCGGGCGCGGAGGGGGGCGUGAGGAAGACGCUGCCGACGGCGUUCCGCGAGGAGGGCCCGAGGCUGAGUUCGGUGGACACGUAUCGCGUGCCUGCGGAGGUGGAGGCGGUGGAGAUUGAUAGUGGGAAGCUGAGCGCGACGUGGGCGGUGGAGCGGGGCGGGAGCGAGGAGAGCACGCCGUCGAUUACGUCGACGUCGGAGUCGUCAAGGAGCUCGUCGCCUAGCGGGUCGCCGGUGGAGGACAGCUUGCUCUUCAAGUUUUUGGAUAGUAACCCGGACAGGGCGCGCAGCCCGGUGAUGGACAACAGUUAUCACGUCUUCUUGAACAAGUUCUGUUUCUAUACAGGCUCCGAUUCGAUGCUCGACGUGCAGCAAGACAGCUUGCAGCGCUCGCGUUCGGCGUCGAGCGUCGAGGAGUUUUUAUCCACGCCGAACCCGAACUACCUGUUCUCACCCGCGCAGACGCCCCCGCGCUCGUCGAGCUACGACGACGUCGCGCGCAUGAGCGUGAGCGGGAGCAGCACCCCCACUGCGCGCGGGAUGGUGGAGAGCGAGAGCUCGACGCCGAUGUCGCUCGCGUAUUGA